AUUCUAGUCUAGAAAAUGUUCAAGAUUACCAAAUAUCCUUCGUACUUCGCAAAGCUGAAAGAGCAUUAUUUAGACUGUGUUUUUCAGACCUUCAGCGGCUCAGCACCAAUGGAAUCUCCAGUACAUAUUUUUCGAGAGGAGGAGGUUGACCCAAAGAGAACUUCAAUGGGUACUACAUGCUCCCCAGGUUGCAUACCUGUCUGCACCUCCAUCUGCUAUCCUAACUCCAGUUUGCUCGUGGGCUGGGGUGACUAUGAGAAUGUCACUGAUUACACAGUGUCACCAACACAAGACAGCAACCACACCACUAUUUCUCCUACAAUUUCUGUCAUUAUUACAGCAGUCUACUCCAUGGUUUUUGUCAUUGGCUUGGUGGGCAAUGCUCUGGUUAUGUUUGUAAUUAUACGAUAUACCAAAAUGAAGACUGCAACCAACAUUUAUAUAUUUAAUUUGGCAUUGGCCGAUGCCCUCGUCACAACCACAAUGCCUUUUCAAAGCACUGAAUUCUUAAUGAACUCUUGGCCAUUUGGAGACAUUUUGUGUAAAAUUGUAAUAUCGAUUGACUAUUAUAAUAUGUUUACCAGUAUAUUCACUUUAACCAUGAUGAGUGUUGACCGAUACAUUGCAGUGUGUCAUCCUGUAAAAGCACUGGAUUUCCGUACACCUUUAAAAGCAAAAUUCAUCAACGUGUGCAUCUGGCUGCUUUCAUCCUCUGUCGGAAUAUCUGCCAUUGCACUUGGAGGCACCAAAAUGAGUGAUGGUGUCAUAGAAUGCGCCCUUCAAUUUCCAACUCCUUACUGGUACUGGGACACAGUGAUGAAAAUCUGCGUAUUCAUCUUUGCAUUCGUCAUUCCCGUGUUUAUUAUCACUAUCUGUUAUACCUUAAUGAUCCUGCGAUUAAAAAGUGUUCGUCUACUCUCCGGAUCUCGGGAAAAAGACAGAAAUCUCCGGCGCAUAACAAGACUUGUGCUGGUUGUUGUAGCCGUAUUUAUUAUAUGCUGGACCCCAAUUCACAUUUUUGUGCUGGUUGAAACCCUUGUAGAUGUACCACAAGGCAUUGCUGUAAGCUCAAUCUAUUAUUUCUGCAUUGCGUUGGGCUACACUAAUAGCAGUUUAAAUCCAAUCUUGUAUGCGUUCCUCGAUGAAAAUUUUAAGAGAUGUUUCAAAGACUUUUGCUUUCCUUCAAAACUAAGACUGGAUCGGCAAGGAAACAGCAGAGUUGGAAACACUGUACAUGAUCCAGCCUACACAAGGGAUGGGGAGCGGACUACCAAGCCAGUAUGACUAGCAGUGGAGAUGACUUCCUACACACCUCAAGGAAGUGGUGGGACCAAUGAAGGGUUUACUCAGAUAACAUCUGCAGUAUGAUUCAUUUUGAGAAUUCUCAAUGACAGAUUUUAGUAAGACUUGUGCCAUAACUUGCCUAGGAACUUUAUGAAUUUAUUAUUACGUACACACAUUCAGUAUUCGAGUGGUGUGUUAUAUUUACUGUAAUAUAAGUAUUGAGUACAAAUAUAAUCUUAUAGAUUUAAGUAAUAAAUGUAUAUAGUUGUCAGCUGUAUAUGAAUAAUCCAUUUUGUGUCUGUAACAACCAAAAGUAAAGUAAAAUAAUGUACCGUUUUUCUUUUAAAUAUUGUAAAUGCAGAAAUGUGAUAUUUGAUACUGGAGUGUUAUUGUACAUUGUUGGCCAUU